GCAUUCAUUUUAAAAUUCGCUGUUAUGAACUAUGACGACCCAUGCCGCUAUUGGCUCACAGAACGUGGAUCUACGUUCUUUGAUUAGCUGCAACAGGCGGCGGCCAGCUGGCCACACGCGGAACGGAAGCUUGGUCCAUGGUGCUGACAGUGAACGCGUCUCCUUCUGAGUUUGACAUUUAUUAUGAGUCUCCGAGACCAUGUCACCACCAAAAAAGAAAAGGACGACAGACAUUAGAAGUUAUUUCGCUACCUCGGCUGUAAAUACAGUGAGGGGACCCAUAAGUUAGAUAUCUAUCACGCAACGCAUUUGUUGUAAAGUCCGGUGUUUAGUAAGGUCAGCACUGAAUGUGAGGUAGAAUAGGUCUGUUAACUAUGUAAUAUUUUUUCACAUAGGAUGCUCAGACAGCAGAGCAAGGGGCAGAGCAGAACGAUGGAGAGGUGGCUGGAGCUUCAGGCCUCCAGGUGAGGUGUUAGUUCUCAGAUAUGUAAUAUACUGUGAAAUUAUCUCAGUAAAUAUGGCAUUUGAAGUGUUAGUCUUAAAUGAAGUUAAGCUAGUGUGAAUACAAACCAGGUUACGCUUUGUUUGCUCUAUAGGAGGCAGUCAGUGUGCGUGCCAGUGACCAGGGAAGUCAAGGCAGCAGUGUCCUGGACAUGGGGAGUGCGCCAUACCAGCCUGAUGUAAAAUUCAUUGCAGCACAGCAGCUGCCCAAUAAAAGGUUGCUGUUUUAGGCCAAAUGGUUUAGCCUCUUCCCAUGGCUGCACUAUAGCCUCACCAUGCAAAAAGUUCUUUGUUUUGAGUGUGUCAAAGCCUUUACCAUCAAAACGACCUCCUUAGAAAAGAAACAUGAUCCUGCAUUUUGCCUAAAUGGUUUUGGCAAUUGGAAAAAUGCUUCUGAGAGCUUUACGCACCAUCAAAAUUCGAGGGCACACCAUCAUGCAGUCACUGUGAAUGCAAUGGAGCAAACUCCAGUCCAUACACAGCUGGCCAGUGCUUUAGCCAAAACACAGCAGGAUGCCAGGCACUGUCUUGUGGAAAUUAUGGAGUGUGUGAGGUAUCUGGCUAGGCCGGGAAUUGCAAUGAGAGGGCAUGCUUCAAAUGAGGGUAAUUUGUUCCACCUUGUGAAGUUAAAGGCAAAGGAUGACCCAGUGCUAACUUCCUGGCUGACUCGCUGCCAUGAUUAUGUAAGUCCCCAGUGCCAAAAUGAAUACUUGACUUUGUUUGGCCAUACAAUUGUGAGAGGAAUUGCUGCAAUGAUUAGGUCCCUCCCUGUUGUCCAAUUUUCUAUCAUUAUGGAUGGAACCCAUGACAUCCAGGGCAAAGAGCAGGUCUCCAUAUGCCUGAGGUAUGUUGAUCAAGACCUGGUGCCAGUCGAAGCAUUUAUCGGCUUGUAUGAUACACCAUCUACAACUGGUGAACAGAUGGCAAAACUAGCUCUGGACAUGCUUCUCAGACUGAACCUGUCUAUCUCAGGUGUGCGAGGACAGACGUAUGACAGGGCAGCAAAUAUGGCAGGCCGUUUUUCUGGCGCCCAGGCAGUGCUCAAAAAGGAGCAGCCUCUGGCAUUGUAUGUACAUUGUGGUGCACAUUGUGUCAACUUAAUUACCCAAUGUGCAUGCAAUUCUUCACCCUUACUGUGUGACGCACUUCAGUGGGUCCAUGAACUUGGAACACUGAGCAACCAAUCUGGCAAAUUUAAAGGCAUUCUGGCACAGCAUACUGUUCCAGAGGGGCCCACCAGGACAGUUAAACCACUCUGUCCCACAAGAUGGACUGUCCGUGGGCAAGCUGUGCAGGUAGUCCUCAAUGAAUAUGAGGCUAUCCUAAACAGUCUGGAGGAAAUGGCCUCACUCGGUUCCGACACAAGCACUAGGGCAAAUGGUCUAUUGGAGCGAUUCCAAAAAGGGAAGACCAUUUUAGGCCUCAAUCUAGCCACAGAGGUGCUCGGAGAGCUUGAGUGUUUGAACAAAUCCCUGCAGAAUCGUUCCCAAACCAUUGCCGGCAUGCAGACUGCAGUUCAAUAUGUAAGCUCAGCUAUUCAGGAGAAAAGGACUGAUGCAAAGUUUGCAGAAUUGUUUGAGAAGUCGGUGCAGAUGGUGGAUACUUUGGGGAUUGAAGUCAAUGAAAUUCCUCACCAAAGGAAACCCCCCAGGAGAUAUACUGGUCAGGCUAGUCAUCAUCAGCCAAAGACAGCAGAGGAAUUCUACAGGAUUGAGUUUUUCAAGGUCUUGGACUGUUUUGAUAUGCAGUUCAAAGACAGAUUCAACCAACCUGAUCUGGAGAAAUUCAAACAGGUUGAGGAUGUGCUCCUCACCGGUAAGGUUAAUGACACUAUUGGGGAGUACCCAGAGAUUAACAGGGAGAAUCUGGGCAUUCAACUUUCCAUGUUCUUUAACCAACAUCCACUAAAAUCAAGUGCACAAGCAGCAGAGAUACCGAGAGGGAUGCCCAGGGAAGUUCGUGGCCUAUUCAAUCAGGUGGAGACGCUUGUUAGGCUGUUAUUGGUGAUCCCUGUGGCCUCAGCGGAAGCUGAAAGAAGCUUCAGUGCUUUGAAAAGGCUGAAAAACUGGCUGAGGUCGACAAUGACCCAGCAGCGCCUUAACAACAUCAGUGUAUGCCAUGUGCAUCAAACAGCACUGGACCUCAUUGAUAUCAAGCAAAUUGGGCAGCAGUUUGUGUCUGUAAAUGACAGACGGAGGCAUGUGUUUGGUGCAUUUAAAUAACACUUUUUGCCAGUUGAUAAAGACAGACACACAUGAGCAUGC